CACAACUCUUCUUCUUCAUCACCAUCAUGUCUCUCAGACUCGGCUCGACAGCUCCUGACUUUGAAGCCCAAACCACCAAGGGCGACAUCAAGUUCCACGAAUUCAUCGGUGACAAGUGGACUGUUCUUUUCUCUCACCCAGCUGAUUUCACUCCCGUCUGCACCACUGAGUUGGGUUUGGUCGCUGCCUUGCAAGACGAGUUUGACCAGCGUAACGUCAAGGUGAUUGGCUUGUCCGCCAACGGUUUGGACGACCACAACAAGUGGAUUGCCGAUAUCAACGAGAUCAACGGCGUCGAGCUGCAGUUCCCCAUCAUUGCUGAUGCCGACCGCAAGGUGUCUGUCUUGUAUGACAUGUUGGAUCAGCAGGACGCCACCAACGUGGAUGCCAAAGGUGUCCCUUUCACCGUCCGCUCUGUGUUUAUCAUUGAUCCCAAGAAGACCAUCCGCUUGAUUUUGUCGUACCCCGCCUCGACUGGCCGCAACUUUGAUGAAAUUUUGCGCGUCAUUGACUCGCUUCAGUUGGGUGACAAGCACCGCAUCACCACCCCCGGUAACUGGAAGAAGGGUGAUGAUGUCAUUGUCCAUCCUUCCGUCUCGACCGAAGAGGCCCAGAAGAUGUUCCCCAAGGGCGUCAAGGUUGUUCGUCCCUACCUUCGCUUGACUCCUUCUCCCUUCUAAGUCACGCCUACUUUUUGUAUAAUUACUCUUUCUCCCCCUCCCUUCUUCUGUAUAACCAAGAAGGCACAUAACUUGCUCUCUGUAUUCUGUACCCUUUAACUAGCUUCUAAUGUAUGUACUUAUUGUAUCAAUCGGUUUCUCGUGGAUAAAUAGAACCAAAUUGCGUGAUCAACAUGACACUGUUGCGCAUC